AUGUCGUCAGCAGGCCCUUCAACCGACCACGGCGACAAAGCUUUCAGCAACGUAAUCACUUCCACGUGCACUCCUGGACCAUCGCCAGUUAGCACACCCGGCGCUAUGUCCGCAUUACCCGUUCCAAUGUCGGGCGGACCACAUCACCACACUCCGGCCAUGCCCUCCAAUUCCAUGUCCAUAGCAGGAACCUCGCAAGAGCAGAACACUCCAGGUAGUUUCGGGCCUUCAUCCAUGAACGCAUCCUCAGAUAUGGGAUCCGUCAUGACAGAAGACGAAGAGGACCUCGAAGAUUACGGCAAAGGCGGAUAUCAUCCCGUGCAUGUCGGAGAUACCUUCUCCGAAGGACGGUAUCUGAUCGUCCGCAAGCUCGGCUGGGGUCACUUCUCCACCGUGUGGCUGGCCAAAGACAAUAAGAUGAAGAGGCACGUAGCGCUCAAGGUGGUCAAGAGCGCUCCGCAUUACACGGAGACGGCGCUCGAUGAGAUCAAGCUGCUUCAGCGUCUCGUCUCAGCAAAUCCAAAUCACCCGGGCAGACGACACUGCGUUUCGCUCCUGGACCACUUUCGUCACAAGGGCCCUAAUGGCUCUCACGUCUGCAUGGUCUUCGAAGUGCUUGGAGAGAAUCUGCUUGGUCUGAUCAAGCGCUACCAGCACCGAGGCGUGCCCCCGCAUAUUGUCAAGCAGAUCGCAAAGCAGGUGCUCCUCGGACUCGAUUAUAUGCAUCAGGAGUGCGGCAUCAUUCACACCGAUCUCAAGCCCGAAAAUGUGCUUAUCUGCAUCGAGGAUGUAGAGGCCGUCGUCGAGGCCGAGUUGCGCUCGAACCCAGCAGCCGUACCCACCAAGCUGGUUGGUGUGCCGCCAAGUCAGGGCCGAGGAGGCACGCAAACCCCGAGGCGAGACGGUAUCUUCAUCACUGGCUCUCAGCCUUUGCCGAGUCCCAGCAGCAGUCUGGGCUCGAGUCCUAUGUUUGACAAGUGGGCAUUUGGCAUGUCCAAGAUCGACAAGCCAAGCGUCAGUGAUAGCGAGAACGGCUUCCGCAGUGGACCUGGCAGCGAGGCCGCCGGCUCCAAAGGAGGAUCGCUUGCUACGAGCAAGGAACGGGAAAAGUCGACUGAGGCGAUCGGACAUGGCAUCUCGCAACUCAGCACGCAGGGAUCAAGUAGCUUGCCUGCUGACUCUUUCGGUAGCAGAAUGUCCAAGGGAGCACCGCAGCAAAAGGGUCCAUCGCUUCUUUCGCUAGGAGCACCGCGCGUGCCACAGCAGGCGUCAGAGUCGACAGCAACUGCGCCGAAAGCCGAGCCGUCCGACUCUCCUUCGCCGAUGUCGAUGGACUCGCCCAGCCCUCCUAACCACCAAGAGCCGACACCUAUGGACCAGGAGAUGCACCAACCAGCAGUGUCAGCUGGCGAUCCCAACACGCUCCCGCCUCCGCCACCUUAUGAUCCGAGCUCGCUUGAACGUAUCACGGUCAAGAUUGCCGACUUGGGUAACGCAUGUUGGGUUGAUCACCACUUCACCAACGAUAUCCAAACACGACAGUAUCGGUGUCCUGAGGUGAUCCUGGGAGCAAAGUGGGGACCUAGCGCUGAUAUGUGGUCGGCCAGCUGUAUGUUUUUCGAGUUGUUGACCGGGGACUAUCUCUUCGACCCUGCGGCGGGGACAAAGUACAACAAGGACGACGAUCACGUAGCACAGAUCAUUGAGCUUUUGGGUGACUUCCCCAAGAGUCUGGCUUUUGCUGGCAAGUACAGUGCCGACAUUUUCAAUCGACGUGGAGAGCUGCGUCACAUACACAAGCUGCGAUUCUGGCCGUUGAUUUCGGUGUUGCAGGAAAAGUACCUGAUGCCGUACAACGAUGCCAACGAGCUUUCGUCGUUCUUACUUCCCAUGCUUCGACUUCAUCCCGAGAAGCGAGCGGGCGCGCGCGAACUGCUCGAUCAUACCUGGAUCGACGGCAUCGUAGUGCAGGGCGAAAUCGAGCAGGCGAUGAGGCAAGCGGGCAUCGAUGUGGAAGCCUUGACGGCCAGCAGUCCUUCUGGACGUACGCUGCCGCCUGGUCUGACACCAAGCGAAGCCGAUGCUCUCAAGCCUGUAGGAUCCGUGUCGAGCAGCCCUGCGACCAUGUCGUUGAACAUGCAGGGACUAGAGGAUGCGAAGCGUCGCGCCGCGCAGCAUCAAGCCGAACUCGCCGCUGCCACUGCUGGUGGGGUAAACGGCACGGCUGCGUCUAAUCAGAGUAGCGCAGCAUCGUCGGCGCUUCCGACGCCUUCUCACAGCGGCUCGCGUGACCCAGUGCACGCGCUGCAGGCCGAAUCGCUGGAACGAUCGGUGUCGUCGGACGGCGCAGGAGAGUCACACAUGACGGUCAAGGGAGCAGGCGACGACUCGGGCAUCCGUCAAGUGUCGACUCCAAAGCUCUCGGCUCAACAGCAGACACCGCAGGGCAACUCGGCCAACAGACCCGGCUCGCCGUCGCCUCAGGGCUUGCCGCGCCCUGUGGCUACCACCGUGCAAUAG